AUGCCGGUUCUACGUCCGGGCAGGUUGAGGACCAUCCUCUCCAUUGCUGGCGCAUUGAUCCUCAUUUGCACCAUCUAUUUCAACUGGACCCCCACUCCAAGUCCAGCCUCCGUCGUCCCCAGCACGGCCUUCGAAGUCCCCCUCACCGAACGGCAGCAUGUAUUUUGGAAAGUCCUCAGACCGAUCCUCGAGACGCACGAACCAAAAUGUGCCACUCCCAAUCUGCUGAACCCCGUCGGCGCCAUCGGUUACAAUGCCACCACGACCGAACCCCGACCGGACCUCGUCGAGCUCGUUGGAGAUAAUGAUUUGACAAUCUUGGAGGAGGCCCAUGCAAGCUACAUCCAGAAUAUCACCGAUUCGAAGAAAUUGCGCCCGGUCCAUUCCCCGGGGACCCGCGGUAUUGUGUCGACGGCGGGCGGCUCUUACCUUCCGGUCUUUCUGUCGUCGCUACGCAUGCUGCGCCGCACCGGGUCCACUUUGCCCGUGGAGGUUUAUGUGAAGGAUAAGAAUGAAUAUGAGAAGAAGAUCUGCGAGGAUCUGCUUCCCGAGAUGGACGCGCGGUGUUUGGUUCUUUCGGAUGUCGUCGGCACGGACGCUAUCGAACACUACCAGCUCAAGGUCUUUGCGAUUCUGUUCUCGUCCUUCGAGGAGGUCGUUUGGAUGGAUGCCGAUUGCUUCCCGCUAGACAAGCCCGAGAUCUUGCUCAACCACGAGCCGUUCCAAUCCACCGGCAUGGUCGUCUGGCCCGACUUCUGGACGUCCACAGUCUCGCCUCUCUACUAUAACAUCUCCCGGCAGCAAAUGCCGCCCAUGUCGGAGCGACAGUCCUCGGAAACCGGUGAGAUCCUCAUAUCGAAAAAGACACAUUACCGUACGCUGCUACUAGCCGCCUAUUAUAACUACUACGGACCUUCGCACUACUUCCGCCUUCUGUCCCAGGGCGCCCCCGGCGAGGGUGACAAGGAAACCUUCCUGCAGGCCGCAUCCGCGGUCGGUGAGCCGUUCUACGCCGUCAGCGAGCGCGUCCAGGCCAUCGGACACCCGAAGGAAGAGGGCGGCAUUGCCGGCUCGGCCAUGGCGCAGUCGGACCCGAUCGCCGACUUCGCGAUGACCAGCCAGGGCAAAUGGCGAGUGAAGGAUCCCUCGGUGGACCGCCCGCCGCGCGUGUUCUUUAUCCACGCCAACUACCCCAAAUUCAAUCCCGCGGAGAACGUCUUCGGCAACAAGUGGGAGACGACUCCCACCUUGCGCCCGGACGGCACAGACGGCCGUGCCUGGAUCGUGCCGGAAGAUGCGCUGAAGCGGUUUGGGUCCGACGCCGAGCGCGCCUACUGGGAGGAGAUCAAAUGGGUCAGCUGCAACCCCGAGAUCGAAUUCAAGACGUGGGCCAACAAGCCCGAGACGUGCGAGAAUGUCGUCGGCUACUGGCAUAAUGUUUUUGCAGAGCCCCAUGACAAUGAUCCCAAGUUCUUCGAAGAGGGUUGA